AUGCCUCCUCUGUCGGCCUACACUCCUUUUGAAUCCCUGCUCUUCUUUCAGUCCCUCGCGACCUCCGAUGUGCGCCCGGCGAGCUUUGCGUCCAUCUCGAGCCUAUUGAGCGCCAACCCGUUAAUUCGUGACAAUGCCGCGUUUAGUGCCGAUCGCCUAAGCCCUGAGGCCCUGGAGGACCUGUAUUCAACCCUGCUGCGCGAUGGAUUCGAUCGGGAUACGGCCAAAGGCUCUAAUGGAGUACCAACGGAAAGUACGACCACCAAUUCGAAGAAGCGGAAGAUCUCCAGCCCGCGACCAGAAGGAUUGGCUGAUGGAGUUACCCAUGCCGUGCGGGUGCCAGAACUAGUGUCGCAUCUCUAUGCACGGUAUAGAGAACUAGUGACAAAGGAAAUUAGGGAGAAUGAAAGAGAGUACGAUGCGAUUCAGGACCAGAUCCAACGUAUCAAGAAAGAGGCGCAGGAUUCAUCCGCUUCAGUCGAAGGAGUAGCUGAUGCUGCACCACCAGUUACGAAACCCAAACGCCCAGAACCGAAGGAUGUGGAUGUGAAGCAGGAAACCCCGCGUCGAGAGCACCCUGGACCGAUAGCUAUCCCUGCAGCUGCGAAAACAUGGGCAAAACCGACAGAGCAACUGCCUAUCAAGCCACCUGUUUCUGCUUUGGAUUCAAAAGAAGGCCAAGAAAUACCUGUUCAGCCGUCUAGCAAACCCAUCGCACCAGUGCCACCACCCCCACAACUGCCACAUUCAGCUCUUCAAGGCGCGCCGCAUGCUAUCCCAUCACCGAUUGCGCCUCGGACUCAAGUAGCUCCUACAACGCCUGCUCCAGCACAACGACCUCCUUCCCAUCCAUCACAGCUUGCACCACGUUCUAUCUCAGGAACUCCAGCCACAGGGAAGCCGAGUGCUCCAGAUGUCUCGACCCCCCAACCAACUCUUCCUCAGCCAAGCUUCCAACAAUGGCAGCUUGAACCACCUCCACAAUCUCCAUACUCUACCAUUUUACCCAAUACCGCAACUCCGCAAGUCAAUCCCACAUCUGCCAAACAAACUCUACCACCCCCCGCCCUACCCGCAAGCCAGCACAAGCCCUCGGUCUCGGCCGUACCCAGCACCCCUGGGCCAUUAUCAUCGGCCGCUCAAACCCCUGUUCCUAUCGGCCACCCGCGAAUGUCACAAACACCGAGCGUGGUCAUUCCUUCAUUCUCUGAAUCACGCAGUUCACGGCCACGGCUCUCUAUUGAUACACCGGGUUCCUCGACACCAUGGAAGAGAACUCCCCGCCUGAGUAUUCCAGAUUCUCCAGCAUCUCCAGUCCGACCUCUACCCGAGGAUGUCAGUCCUAUAAGUGAAAGAGCACCUUCUCCCGACGGCAUGGAGAUGUCGCCUCCCCGAGGAAAGAAAUCUCGCCGUGGACCGGGGCUGGAUCAGAAACCGCUCGCGAGCAAUAAAACUGAGAAACCACCUUCCACUCGGAAGAGACGAGCCGCUAGCUCCGCUUCAACACAGAGUCGAGGUCGAUCUGUGGCCUCACGUGGCAUGUCCCCAGUGCCGGACGAUCCAGAGCGUGAUUUGCGCGCCUCGAAGCGCCAGAAGGGUGGCACCACAAGCGCUGAGGAGACUCCGAAGGCACGUUCCAAGCGCAAGCGAGGGCCGAGCGAGUCAGCCGAACAAGAGUCUACUCCUUCAGAGGGGUUGAGAUUUGACACAUCUCGGUAUGUGAUGUGUGCUCGUGGUUUCCAUCGGACAGCUGGGACAAUUUUGAAUGACGUGACCACUCAUAAACUUGCUUCUAUUUUUGCUAAACCGUUGGGGGAACGAGAUGCUCCGGGCUACCAUGAUCUUAUUUAUCGACCUCAGGAUCUUAAGACCAUCAAAUCUGCUGUUCAUCAAGGCAGUAAGGCCGUGGCUAUGGCAACAGAAGCAGUCAACACACCUGCGGGUGAUGGUGAAUCUCCAGCGCCUGGUGCAGGGGCCUCAUCGAAGAACAAUGCGCUCAUGCUGCCCAAGACUGAAGAUCUCCUCCCUCCAAAGGGCAUCGUGAACUCUGCACAAUUAGAAAAGGAGUUCAUCCGCAUGUUUGCAAACGCUAUCAUGUUCAACCCGGUUCCUGAGCGCGAUUUUGGUCCCCACUUCCCAAUGAUCAAUGACCGUGGCUCUCGCGAGAGCUCCCAGUCUGGUGAUGGUGAUGAGGGUGGCAUCAUUCAAGAUUCGAGAGAAAUGUUUGAAGAUGUCGAGCAAGCUGUCAACCGAUGGCGGGCUGCUGAACGCGCCUCGGAGCGAGCUUCGGAGGAGCUGGCGAACAAGAAUCUUCUCGCCCUUCGCCGUGGGAGUGUCAGCGAUUUCAACACCGAUAGUGCCGAUGAUUUCAAAGGCUGA